AAAUGUUAUUCGUCAACAAUUUGUAGUAAAUUUAACAUCGCAACUUGUUGCAAUAUUUACUGUACGCAUCGGAAAGAACAAUUUUGAUAUAUAUUAAAUAUUUAAAAUGGUUCACUAUUGUUUAUGUAAAAUUUAAUUCUUGUUUAUAAUGAAAACUGUAUAAUAAAUGUUUUAAAUAUAUUUUAUAAUACUUUGAUCAUAAUGUCGACGGAUUUAAUGAACAUCGAUGGCCAUAUAAAGAGAUUGCAAAAAGAAACCUUAACUCCAUAUAAAAUAGCAACUGUUAUUUUAAUUAAAGAAUAUUGCAAUGAAACGACAAAAGCAAUUGUGGAAAGGCGUGAUUUUUGUUUAGUUGCAUUGAAAUUGAUUCAAUCCCCUGAUAUGGAACUUAAUACACUUUUGAAUAUUUUAUAUUCCCCUGAAUAUAUUUUACAUCGGUUUGCACAUCACAUGGAAGUACAAUUGAACGUAUUAAGAGGGAAAGGAGUUGAAGGAUUAUUAGAUUUAUUUGAUAAUGUUGGACGACUCAUGAAACCAACACUGGAUCAUUCUCUUUCUUUACCUGCUCUAAAUAAAAAUUCUGUUCUUGGAUUAUAUAUAAGAAGAGUUAUAAUCUUUUUUGAAAAGUUACCAUUUGAUCAAGUUGUAGCUCUAUAUGAAGCUUUAAAAAAAUAUCUUGAUAAUAGAAUUAAUACUUUUGAUGGUUCUGAUGUAUCUGCAAGUUCUAAAACAAAAGAUUCAUAUUCAAAUGAAACUAAAACUUGGGGUGGAAGACAAGCUGAAUUACUUGUUGCACAACAAGCACAUGCAUUGCAGACAGAUGAACAUAAAGCAAUGUCUCCUGCAGAACUUCAAGUUCUUGUACGAGAACUUUUAAAUUGUAGUCCUUAUUAUGCUGAAGCUCAUUAUUUAAGUUACUUAAACUGUCUAAGAGUCAAUGAAUACUGUGGAGCUAUAGACAGUCUUUAUCACUGCUUUGAUAGAUUAGCACCUUUGGAAAAUCGUUCUGCACCUGAAGAGAGAUCACGUAUUUUUAGAUAUGCAGCUUUAAAUUUAGCAGUUUUACAUGCUCAAUUUAAUCAUAAAGAAGUAGCUCAAGCUGCUUUAAAAGAAGCUAUCAUGAUGGCCCAAGAAGCUGGAGAUAAUGUAUGUUUACAAUUAGCACAUGCUUGGAUGUAUCAUUUAACUACCAAACAAAAGUGAGUUUUUUUAAUAAAUUAUUAAUACUUAAUUACUAA